UCAACUGAAAACGAGCAAACGAGAAGUAUCAGAGCUGCGAGUGUUCAAAGCUAAUUAUUCCAAAUCUUUUUGGAAAUCGUACGUUAUUUAACGUGAAGAUAUCAAGUGAUACAUCGAAAAUGUCUUUGAUUCCGUUGGUAUUCUCUAACUGGUGGGAGGACUUGGACCGCCCACAUCGGCUUUUGGAUCAAGACUUCGGCCUGGGACUGUAUCCUGAUCAACUUCUGAGCCCUUCAAGCCUCCUCGGUCAGUAUGGGCCUCUAGUAGAGAGAAGAUCGAGAUGCCCGCUGUUGUACUACAGACCUUGGGGUGAACUUAUGCGAAAAAGCGAGGGAGGAGGCACUUCCACCGUCAAAGCAGACAAAGAUAAGUUCGAGGUAGUCUUGGACGUUCAGCAGUUCAAGCCAGACGAGAUCAACGUUAAGGUCGUCGACAGAUGUGUCGUUAUUGAGGGUAAACACGAAGAGAAACAAGACGAACACGGCUGGAUUUCGAGACAAUUCGUCAGAAAGUACCUGAUCCCUGAACAAUGCAACAUUGAUAAACUAUCAUCCAGUUUGUCAUCCGAUGGUGUACUUACUAUCACAGCACCUAGAAAGGACAAACCGGCGAUCCAGAACGAGAGGACGAUCUCUGUCGAAAAGACUGGCAAGCCAGCGUUGAAGGAGUCCCAGGAGGAAAGGAAGGAAGAGAAGAAAGAACAGGAGAAGAAGUCCUAAAUUUUUGAACUGUAUUCCUCAUAUUUGUGUUUCUGUUUUAUACUAUUUUAUAUCUUUCACAAAUUUUUCUGUCAUAUAAUUUAUGUCACAAUAGUCUAAGUAUUACAUUUAAAAUAAAAGUGAUACGUUAAUAUUCAUUAA